AGAACUAUCGACUACACUAUUUCGAUUCCCUAAUUCGUUUAGUACCCAACAUUAACUAUAUCAUCCAAAUAGUCAUAUUUCUUCUUAUUGUCAUAGUAUCCUAUUUCUAUUUGGUAAAAUUAACUCUAAGCUACAGUCCUACUGCAUUUCGGAUAAUUCUCUGUAGACGCAAAAGUUACAAGUGAAAAAGUUAAAAGAGCGAUAUAAUGGGCAUUUGUGAAUUCGGCGUGAUUACAAAAGCCGAUGGUUCUGCAAGAUAUAUUACUGAUAAAUCAGAUGCAAUUUGUGCUGUAUAUGGACCAAUUGAAGUUAAACUAUCUAAAGAGCUAAUUGAUAGAUCUAGUAUUGAAGUUCAGGUUUAUCCGAAAUCGGGUAAUACUGGCCCUCCUGAAAGAUUGGUUGAAACCAUAAUACGGACAACUCUUGACAGUGUUGUUCUGACAAAGUACUAUCCAAGAUCAGCUAUCAGUGUGAUUGUACAACUGAAGCAUGACUUUGAUCUUUCGUGUGUUUUAAAUUCUGUUUGUCUCGCCUUACUCGAUGCAGCCAUACCAAUGAAAACCAUGUUUUCUGCGAUUUCUGUUUCUAAAUCAGAUUUAGACAAUUCAUGCUUAAAUGAUUCAACAAUGAACUUUGUUCUCGAUCGAAACUACAAAGUGCUAACAUCGUAUAGUAAUGGAAUAUGGAAAGAAGAUGAACUUAAAUUGGCCUUAACAUUCGCAACCAAAAAAGCGGAAUCGAUCUUUGAAUUUUAUAAAUCAUCUAUAGAACGUAAACUGUUGAAAGAAGAGAGAAGCUGA